UCUAGAAACCUCCCUGGUUUCCUUUUCACUCCGCCUUGUUAUUUAUUUAUUUCUUUUUUAUUUAAAGGGGUUAGUUUUUAACAUUUUAUAUAUAUCCGUCUUUUUCAGCAGUUGAAUGACAGUCGGCUCUGACACAUAUAUGCCUAAGAGCAAAGCCCCUAAAAUGGACGACCUGGACUACAUCCCGGCUGAUCUCAGCCCAGAGGAGCGAGCGGAGCUGGAGGAGAUCCGGCGGAGGAAAGGAGCGCUGCUGCUGGAGAUCCAGAGGCUGCGAGAGGAACUGCGAGAGGCAAUGAUGGAGGUAGAAGGGCUGGAGAACAGCACCGAGGGCAGCAAAACGCUCCAAAAGAGUCGGCAUGUGGCUAUGGGGAGGAAAAAAUUCAACAUGGACCCCAAAAAGGGUAUUGCGUUCCUGGUGGAGAACGAGCUGCUGCAUCACACUCCAGAGGAAAUCGCUCAGUUCCUCUAUAAAGGGGAGGGGCUUAACAAAACCGCCAUCGGAGACUAUCUGGGAGAGAGAGACGAGUUCAACAUUCGGGUUCUGCAGGCGUUUGUUGACCUUCACGAGUUUACGGAUCUCAACCUGGUUCAGGCUCUCAGGCAGUUCCUGUGGAGUUUCCGUUUGCCCGGUGAAGCCCAGAAGAUUGACAGAAUGAUGGAAGCAUUUGCACAGAGAUACUGUCACUGCAACCCCGGAGUGUUUCAGAGCACCGACACCUGCUAUGUUCUGUCGUUUGCCAUCAUCAUGCUGAACACCAGCCUCCACAAUCCCAACGUUCGAGACAAACCCACAGUGGAGCGCUUCAUUAGCAUGAACCGGGGGAUCAACGAGGGCGGAGACCUGCCCGAGGAGCUGCUCCGAAAUCUGUAUGACAGUAUUAAGAACGAGCCAUUCAAAAUCCCAGAGGAUGAUGGGAACGAUCUGACUCACACUUUCUUCAACCCAGACCGAGAGGGCUGGCUGCUUAAACUGGGAGGACGAGUGAAGACAUGGAAGAGGCGGUGGUUUAUUCUAACGGAUAACUGCCUGUAUUAUUUUGAGUACACUACAGAUAAGGAACCGAGAGGCAUCAUCCCCCUGGAGAAUCUGAGCAUUCGGGAAGUGGAGGAUCCGCGCAAACCUAACUGCUUUGAGCUCUACAUCCCCAAUAACCGAGGGCAGCUCAUUAAGGCGUGUAAAACGGAAGCUGAUGGACGAGUGGUGGAGGGCAAUCACAUGGUCUACCGAAUCUCCGCCCCCACGCCGGAAGAGAAGGACGAAUGGAUCCACAGCAUCAAAUCGGCGGUGAGCGUGGACCCUUUCUACGAGAUGCUGGCCGCAAGAAAGAAACGCAUCUCCUUGAAGAAGAAAGAAGAGCAGGCUUAGGACCAUUCUUCUUCUUCUUGCUCUUCUCUUCCUCAUCCCUUCAUCCUUUGUUCAUUCCUCCAUUAUCCGCACCUGAUUAUUUAUCCCUCCUCUAAGGACUCUUUAUCGGAGGACAGGGCCAACGUAAGCUUCAGUGUUUCAUUCAGUGCCCUCCAGCAGAGUGUUCGCUCCAUUUUAUCCCACUCAGGCUAUUCCCCCUUGUGGAAAAAAAAGGUACUCCGAAGCUAGCAGGAAGUGUUAUAAACAGGAAGUGUUCGUCCAUAGCGACCAAACAGACUACGAUCCCUGUCCACUGUUAUGUCAGGAUAGAAGGAUGACCAGAGAUUAUCCUUGUCGUAAUUGCGUCAUUGUCUCGACACACAACUACUGACUUUACACGUUAUUGUCCCUAAGCUUGCACAUUACUGUCCAUAUACACUACUAGUGCUGGACACUACUUUCAAUACACACAACUAUCACGAUAAACUAGUGUACCUAGUACCUGCAACAGUCCCUACACACUACGAGUGCUUACUACUGCUGUGUGCUGGUCUUCCUCUCUCCUUAAUUAGAUACUGUGAAACACUGACACGCACCUACAAGUCUCUUAUCACAUGGACAUAUCAUCAUUGUUGUUAUCUUAGAUCAUCACUGCGCUUUCUUUUAUUGACUUCCUUUUAAAGACACACAAAGGACGAGUGUCAAGGGAUUAAGUCACUCAAGCUUUUUAUUAACUCCUGGCUCUUUGCCCAUUCUCUGAAUGACCGCUACACCCAAGUAGUGCACCAUAUGUCCACUGAGUGUUCAGUAACGGCAUUCGACACUUCUGUUCUAUGUAAUGUCUGUACAGCCAUUUUGAUUAACGCUCACGCUUCCCUACAUUUGCACCCUAUACAGGACACUAACUAUAUUCUUACAAGGGUGUAAUUUGGAGUUCAGGUGACUCAUCCCGACAUGAGAGCGUUAUUUGCAGACAAUAGUCCUGCUCGUUAACGUUAUCGGACAGAAAGAUCAUUGUUAUUUAUACCGCAUAACCGUUUCAGAUGUAGAUUUGGCUGUGAAAUCAAUUGGGCAGGUUGCUUUCGGUUUGCUUGAGUCAUGCCUAUAAAAGGCUUUUGUUUUAUUUUCACCAAAAGCUGCUCUCACUCCCUAAUAAUAACCCCACAGGGAUCCAGAAAAAUGCUGAUGGCUUCUCUUCCUGUUAAACAACAGGAAGUCAGCACUGCUGGGGCGUGACCGUGUUACCACCGCUGUUUGAAUAGGUCCAUUUAUUCCAAUAUGGAGGAAAAUAAAGGUCUAAAAGUAGCGUUCGGGUUACGCCCUGCUCACAAGAACAAAGGCAUGCCAAAUAAAUCGAGCUGCAGGUUUAAAGCCGGGACACUGAACUGGUUAGUUUAGAGCGAGAAAUUUCAAAACGUACCUCUACGGAGUUAUUUUUCUGUCAAAUGUAGUCAUAUGGAAAUGUAAGGAUGAGAAAUGUUAUGCAUUGCAAAUCCAGGAUCCGAAUCGUAAAUUAGGUUGCGGUUGUGAUUGUAACUUGGGUUAUUAGUGUAUUUGUCAUAUUAUAUCUCUUUAGAUUGCUAAAAUGGACAUAUUUAUCUUUACAAAUCACAGAUUGGGAUAGCUCAAGCAUUCUGACUGAAACGUAUCAUCGUUGUGACAUUUUGAGCUGUGGGGGUGGGGCUGAGAUAAAAGUUGCACACUACAAAUUACAAACACAAACUUGUACUGAAAUGUAAACGACAAACAAAUGCGUACGAAAACGCAAACUACAAACAAAAUCGGACUGAAACGUCAACUACGAACAUAAAGUAGCACUGAAGUGCAAACUACAAACUUAACAUAGGAAUGAAAUGUAAACUACGAGCAUGAACUGGUAAUGAAACGUAAACGACAGACAAACUAUCAGUUGAAGCAUAAACUACAAGCUCGACAUGGUAAUGAAACAAACUACGGUGAUGAACUAGUAAUGAAACGUAAACUCAAAAUAACAGUGACGCGUAAACGACGAACAUGAGCUCGUAAUGAAACGUUAACUGCAGAGAAAAUAUCAGUUGAGGUGUAAACCACAAACUUAACAUAGUAAUGAAACAAAAUAGCAGUUAAGCAUAAACCACAAGCUUAACAUUGUAAUGAAAUGUAAACUACGAACAUGAACGAGUAAUGAAACGUUAAUGACACAAGAUCGGUUGAAACGUAAACUACAAACUUAACAUGGUAAUGAAACAAACUUCAGACAAAAUAGCAGUUCAGCGUAAACUACAACCUUAACGUAGUAUUGAAACGUAAACUACGAACCUGAACUAGUAAUGAAACGUAAACGACAAAAUAUCAGUUGAAGCGUUAAGUACAAGCUUGACAUGGUAAUAAAACAUAAAUUACAAUGAUGAACUGGUAAUGAAAUCAUGGUGAUGCGUAAACUCCAAGCUUAACAUAGGAAUAAAAUGUAAACUACAGAGAAAAUAUCAGUUGAAGCGUAAACUACACACUUAACAUUGUAAUGAGACAAACUACAGACAAAAUAGCAGUUAAGCGUAAACUACAACCUCAACAUAGUAAUGACACGUAAACUACGAACCUGAACUAGUAAUGAAACGUAAACGACAGACAAAAUAUCAGUUGAAGCGUUUAGUACAAGCUUGGCAUGGUAAUAAAACAUAAAUUACGAUGAUGAACUGGUAAUGAAAUCAUGGUGAUGCAUAAACUCCAAGCUUAACAUCGGAAUGAAACGUAAACUACAGAGAAAAUAUCAGUUGAAGCGUAAACUACAAGCUUAACAUGGUAAUGAAACAAACUACAGACAAAAUAGCAGUGAAGCGUAAACUACAGGCUUAACAUGGGAAUGAAACGUAGACUGCGAACAUAAACUAGUCAUGAAACAUAAACUACAGAGAAAAUAUCAGUUGAAGCGUAAACUACAGAUUUAACAUAGUGAAACGCAAACUGCAGAGAAAAUAUCAGUGAAGCGUAAACUACAAGCUUAACGUAAUGAAACGUAAACUAUGAACUCGGAAUGAAAUGUAAACUACGGAGAGAAUAGCGGUGAAGCGUAAACUACAAACUUAACAUAGUCAUGAAACGUAAACUACCAACACAUUGCAGUCAUGAACCAUGCACUACUAACACAUAAUAUCAAUGUCACAUAAACUAUGAACAUAUCAAUGAAAUGAAACCGAUGAACAUAAAACAGCAGUGAAGUGUAAACUACAAUCUCAGCGUGGUAAUGAAAUGAAAACUUGUCGUUUGUGCCUCGAACUGUUAACGAAAUUAAAGGCGUACUUUGUAAUACGUUAUUUCAAUGUUGCAUUUCCGUAGGACUGCGUUAGACAGGAAAUGGACUCCGUACACCCGUGAAGCACAUUAGCGUUAGCGUGGGCGUGUUCAUCGACACGGCGAGUUCACUCUGGUUCGAGGGCUUUGAAGGAGUUUUAAGGCAGCUUAACGUGAAGUAUUACACGUUGUCAUUACCGUUUUGUAAAUAUGUAGAGUAUCUUUUUUUUUUUUCUGGCGUGUGUAGACAUGUUAAUUUAUUGUUUUCUUUUUUUGAAAUGUUUUUAUUAUAAUUGACAAAUAACUUUCGUCGUCAUGGACUGGGGAUGCAUGUGUGCCUGUCGAAUCAGAUAUGAUCGUAUCGGCUUUGUUCAUAUCAAGAGACUUAUUAGCGCGCCAUAUUUUUCAGAUUUGUACGUCCUAAUUUAGCAUUCGCAGUUGUCGUUGUAAAACUGUACGUUUGCAUACAAAGUACUUUUUCCAUUUUAAAAAGAAGAAACUAAAUUAUCGUCGAUCGUUGCGUCAGAAAUGAUACGGAACGUUAAUAUUUCUCUUCCGUAAUUAGCCUUGUGUUUUAAGCUACUAAUUAACGAGAAUGAAAUGUAGCAGUGUACUUUGCUUGAUCAUUUUUUUUCUUUUCGUUUCCCUGUUUAAUAUGAACGAGUGCUGCGUUAUCAUUUUUAAAUUGCCUAAAUAUAGCGUAGCCAUGUCUGAAGUUAGAUAGUCUGUAUUAAAGGAACAGCCUGUUCUGGUGUUUCCGUAUCGAAGUGCCCAACAUGGAGUGUUACAUUAUGGUUUCUGUGUCCUACGUAGAGCACUACAUUCCAUUUGGGAUAAGGCCGCACUGUUUUUGACUGAAUUAAAUAUGUAAUAAACAGGAAAUUCUCUCUUAAUGUAGCAAAGAAACAACACAAGGUUCUAAAUAUGUACCAGUGCCAGACAAUAAAGUUCAAGACAACAACAUAA